UGCUAUAAACGGACGUGAGGGAGAAGAUAAGGAGCAAAUCAAGCUCGCGAAAAAUUAUUAUUUUUGAAGACACAAAUUCAGACAGCUACAGCCAGGAGUCAUAUUGUGCCUGGUUCUCGUUUAUGGAGGGGAUGAAAAAACACAACUUUACUUAAGUGAAAAGAAGGAAGGCAGACAAGAUGUCAACACAGGAAGAACAAGCGAAUAUCGCGUAAUAUAGUGCUCAGUUUUCUUCGAGAGUAGGACCGUGGUGACAGGACAGUCCGCAGCCGCAUGUUGAACACUUUCCUGAGUCAAAACACAGGGAAGACGUUUUAUGAGCUGGAGCUGGAGUUUGCACAGGUAGCCAGCCUCUUCCUGGCUCGACUCACCACCUGGAUGAGACUCACAUACAUGUUUGGGACAUUCUUGGGACUGCAGCUUAAAGCAAUUGGGAUUUUCCUCUCUGCAUCGGGCCAUGAUCAGUACCUAAUGGAGUUCCUGGAGGACGGAGGUGUUCUCACUCUCCUGGACAUCUUGAACCACACUGAGACCAAAGAGGAGGAGAAGUCCGAGGCCCUCCGUCUUCUGCUCACCGUCUCAAAUGCUGGUCGCAAGUACAAAGAGAUUAUCUGUGAAAGCCAUGGUGUGAAAGCCAUCGCAGAGUGCUUAGCUAAGUCAAACACCGUUGAAACCCAAGAGGCAGCAUGGGCCCUCCUGGAGUCCCUGUUGCAUGGAAACCCCAAAUAUCAAAACCAAAUCUACAAAGGUCUGAUUGCUCUCAUGACUUGUACCUCGCCUCAGGCCCAGCAGCUGGUCCUGCACACAUUACACACUGUGCAGUCCAAAAUGAAAACAGCCCAUCACAGCAUUGUAGACCCUCUGCUGUAUAUGCUCAGGUCCCUGCACCUGGAGGUUCAGAAUCAAGCUACAAAUCUGAUCCUAGACCUGAAGUGUUAUGAUGUGAGGCCAAUGCUGCUCAGUGGACUGGUGACUCUGCUGAGGCCUACUAAAGAAGAAGUGCAGCAACACCACAAUAUGGAAGAGUCUGAUACAAUCAAGAUGACUGGAUCUCUGCCUGUGUUUGUGCAACAAGCUGCUGCAGCUAAAACUAUAUGCCUGCUAGCCGAAGACAGUCAAGAGGUUUCUCGUGAGCUUCUCUCUCUCGGAGUGAUCCAACAUCUUCUCUACGCUAUGGGCAACAGAGAACACACUGAUUCCCAAAUACAAGCCAGUCUGGCCUUGAAGCACUUUGUCCGCUCAUACCCAGUUAUUGAGGAACAUGUGCAGAGAGGCAUCGGCAGCACACUGUUUGCAGCCUUUAUGCACCAAGCUGACUCUUUGUACAUGAAUAUGGAUGAAACACAAGCAGAACUCCUGCUAACUAACAAGGUUAACAUAACUGAAGUGUUGGAUGGUGACCAACCACUGUGACUAACUCUGAAGGCUGAUAUGAGGGACAAAUCAAUUUAAUAAUAGAGAUGAAUAAACUAGAACAUGUGUGUAAAUACUGCUUUUACGUCAUUAAAAGACUUACAGAAGUU